UAAUAUUUUUCCAGUAAACAAGGGCAGGAAAUGACAGAAUUAAAAAAAAAAAAGUUCAUCUACAGUAGUUUACGAGUUGUAACUUCGAACUUCGAACUCAGCUGCUGGCAGUUCUCGUAUCAUUAAUCCUACAGAGCUCCACUCCACUCUCUCUCUUUCGCACAGACACAAAGAUUAGAGAGUGAUGAAGCCGUUAAGUUGGUGGUUAAUGUUGGCGGGUUCAUUGCGUUUAGCAUCUGUUUGGUUCGGUUUCUUUGAUAUUUGGGCUCUUCGUCUUGCUGUUUUCUCACAAUCUGACAUGACUGAAGUUCAUGGGAGGACCUUUGGAGUUUGGACUCUUCUCACUUGCACACUCUGUUUUCUUUGUGCUUUUAAUCUUGACAACAAGCCUCUCUACCUGGCAACAUUUUUAUCGUUCAUUUAUGCUCUUGGUCAUUUUGUGACUGAAUACCUAAUCUAUCACACAAUCACGAUAGCAAAUUUAUCAACUGUUGGCUUCUUUGCAGGUACUUCUAUAACAUGGAUGGCAUUGCAGUGGAAUGCUCACCAAAAGAUGUCUGUGAAGCAAAUGUAAAUCUGAUACGAGAUUCCAGCUUGGUGUUUUCUAGAGCUGGGGAAUAUCCUGCAAUUUUUAUCCAUCUCAUUUCAUGAUUUAUUCUGGGGCAUUGGCUUAUGUUAUUUUACAGCACUGCGCACAUAACUUCAACAAAAUUUUCGUGUACGGUUUGAAUCAUCAGAUUUUGGAGUGACCAGAUCAAUGCUAUUUUCUUACUCGAUGGUCUCAAAUGUAUGAUUGAGUUGUGAAGCCUUGACGCCUUGUUACUUGUUGACAAUUACGUAGCAGAUUAUAUUUCUGAUACUCGCAACUGGAUGUCUGUUUACUUUCCUUUGCUUCUGGUUCAUGUUCAUUUCUCUGCGUCCAA